CUAACAACCAGUAAUAAAAAGUACUGUAGAAUAUAUUAUCUAAAGUACUACUUGAUAAAAUGAAUAAAUUCAUUGAAAUUUAAUUAUUGAUAACAGAUUAAAAAAUAUAUCUCACGCACACUUAAACCAUCUAUAUAUAUAACGGAUGUCACCUAAGUAAAAUGCUAGUUUUAAAAAUGGCGCCAUUCCAGUGCUUGAUUUUAGUUCUCAUAGCUGCUUUAGCUUUCGAUAGUGUAGUUGCAAAUGAUGCAGCACAAAAGUGUGAGUCUGAUUCUUGUACGAUCGACAACAAUUGUAGGUGCUCUAGUCAACCAUCACCUUUAUCUGGAGAUGUAACAGAUUGGCCUCAGUUAAUUAGCUUAACAUUUGAUGAAGCUGUUACGCAACAUAUCUUCGACAAUAGCUGGAUUCCUUUACUCCAAAAUAUAUAUAAUCCAGACGAUAACCCAAUUAGUGGAACUUUCUUUGUACCACAUGAGUAUACAAGCUAUGAAAGAGUUAAUGAUUUGUACAACUUUGGAUUUGAAAUUGGUGUGCACUCAAUUACGAAAAAUCCUCUACAAAAUUACUGGCGAUAUGCAUCUCAAGACACUCUAACAAAAGAAUUUAAAGGCCAAAAACAAAUCAUAAGUACAUAUGCCAACAUACCAGCUGAAGCUAUUACUGGAGUGAGAACUCCCCAACUACAACUUGCAGGAAACACUUCUAUUGACGCCUAUAUAGCAUCACAGUUAACAUAUGAUAGUUCAUGGCCCUCUUUGCCAACAAAAAGAUUAUUUCCCUACACAUUGGAUUAUCUAUCGACAGAACAAUGCCUUUUGGGUGCUGAAUGUCCUAACGAAGCUUUCCCAGGUUAUUGGAUUUUACCAAUAAACGAUUUAACUGGACCAAAUGGUACAGAAUGCAACUCACUGGCUACUUGUGGAAUAGAAGGUAGUGUUGAGGAAAUCGCCGCAUAUUUGGAUAAACAAAUUGACGGAGUCAGAACUAAGACUAGAACUCCCAUAACUUUGCUGGUCAACUCAUACUGGUUUGAAUUCACUGAAAACAGUUUCAACGCGCUUAGAAAAUUCUUGGAAGACACAGUUAAACGUGACGCAAAAGAUACCUUCUUCGUCUCACAAAAACAGGUCCUUGCUUUUACCAAAAAUCCCGUUAAGCUUGCCGAUUUUAAAACUGAUGCCGUACCUGAUCCAGCCAAUUGCGACCCUCACCCCUGCAGACUUAAAAAAGGAAAUGAAGACAGAAACAUGGACUCUUGUGUUCCUUGUCCAGACGUUUAUCCAUGGAUUGAUAACGUUAAUGUCUAAAUAAUCGCGUUUUUAAUUUAAAUAAAUAAAGGUUUGAUUAAUUUUAAAGAAUAAUUUUU